AUGCCGCCGGACCGGGGCGGACCCGGCGCGUCGUCGUCGUCGGCGGCGGCGUCGGGGCGUCCUCCUCCGCCGCCGUCUCGAGGUCUCAACAUCGCGACGACGACGAUUUCGCCCCCGGCGUCUCGAGAUUCGUUCGACGCGUGGGCGGCGUCCGCGAGGACGCUCGACGCGGCGCGCGCGCGUCGCGACGCGCUGCGCGACCGCGCGGACGCGCGCGUCCUCGCGUCCUCCGCGACGUCCUCCGCGCGCAGGCUCGCGGAGGCGUCCGCGUCGUUCGCGCGCGCGAAUCGCGUCGCGCGCGAUCUCGCGCGAAUCGCGUCGAGGGAAUCGCGCGACGCGGACGACGCCGCGUCCGCGUUGGAGCGGCGGCGCCUUCGCCUGCGCGAGGCGUCGGACGCGCUGCGCGACGCGCGGCAGCGCGUUCGAGACGCGGACCACCUCCUGCGCGGCGCGUUCGGCCGCGGGAGGCUGCACGCGCAGCAGAGAGCGCUCACGCGCGAGCGAUGGGCCCGCGUCGGCGACGUCGCCGACGCGUUCGACGUAGACUUGCAUCAUUCGCCCGCCGCCGCGGAUGACGAUUACGCCGCGGCGACGGCGACGGCGAGAAUGAAUCCUCCGUCCAUAGCGGGCGUGCCGCUGGACCUCGCGCACGCGGACGACGACGCGCGCCCUGAGGGCGGCGGGAAGGGCGGCGAAGACGACGGCUCGACGUCGAAUUCGUCGUCCCCGUUUUCGCUGUUCGGCGGCGGCGGCGGCGGCGGCGGCGCGUCGUUCGCGUUCCCGCGCGACCCCGUCAAAGCGUCCGCGGCGUUAGGGCACGCCACGUCCGCGGUGCUACAGCUCGCGAGGAUAUUAGACGUCCCGCUGCGGUACCCGGUCGCGCCGGGGGCGUGCCAGUCGUACGUGAGCGAGCUUAGGCUCGUCGCGCGACCGCGAUUCGAGCCGUCGGCGGCGGAGGGAAAAGACGCAGCGAAAGACGCCCCCGCCCCCCCCGGCGACUCGACCCUAAACCCGUCCUCGGCAACGUCCGGACUCGGCGCGAACCCGAGCGUGUCUUGGCGGCGCGCGGAGUACCCGCUGUUCGUGGACGCGGACGACGCGUCGAGGAAGAAGUUCACGCGCGCGGUGGAGCUGUUGUGCGAGGACGUGAGACAGCUCUUACGCGCGCACGGUUUGCGCGCCGCGGGCGACGGGCGCGGGCGGCGUAAGUGUCCGAACCCGCUCGCGAACAUUCGGAGAGUGUACGACGCGAGGCGGCUGAGGUGCGAGAGCGCGCCGGCGGAGGCGGGCGCGGCGACGAUGGCGGUGACCGAGGGUUCGGGCGUGAAGGACGCGAGAGAGGGCGGCGCGGGCGCGGGGGCGGGGGCGGGGGCGGGGUCGGGGGGCGACGUUCAAAGCGGAAGCUCGCCGCCGACCGACGACGUCGACUUGGCGUGGGUAGAUUCUUGA